ACUUUGCACUUGACAAUAGAUAAGGAAACGCGCUAAGAAAUUCCGUACAUUUUUGAACUGGUUUCGAAGACGUUACACUUGGUGGUGCACGAUCUUUCGCAAUUCGAGAGAUGGAAAGCUUUCUAUCGACGUCUGUGAAACGUUGAAACUGUCACAUGAAGUAAUCUAGUUUGUUAUAUUCUAACGAGGGUAACGUUGAUCGUGUAAACAUUCCAUGACACUGGUCUUAUGGUCGUCAUCGUCUAAAAAUAUCAAGUGGCGAAAUAGGUUGUCUGUCGCGAGAGUAUAAGAAAGAAGUUGUAACUUACAACAGUGCGGAACGAUGGAUAGAGUUAAGUCGCUGAACGACGGUUGCAAAUUACCACCCCUUCGGGGUUUAAAAGAUUUUUUAUUGGAACCAUCUGGUUUCCAAUUGCCGAAUUUUAAUGAUUUCGAGAAAUGGGGUAAUAGAGUGGUAAAUAAUCUUAUCUAUUAUCAAACCAACUAUCUCUAUAUGUCUUUCAGCAUUAUGCUUGUUGCUGGAUUUCUGCAUCCAAAAGAGCUGAUACUUGGAGUAUUAUCGAUAGGAAUCAUGUAUAUUUUUGUAUUUACCGAACACGAGGCAUUGUGUCAAAUAAGAAGACAAUAUCCAGUGGUUCAGACAAUGUUCCUUAUUAUUUGCGCAUGUUUACUGAUCUAUAUUGUAACUUCAAUCUUUUUAGUGGCGCUGUUUACUAUCUUAUUACCAGUUUGCGUGAUUUUUGUACACGCAUCGCUGAGAUUAAGGAAUAUUAAGAAUAAGUUAGUCAACAAAAUUGAGGGUAUGGGAAUUGAGCGUACGCCCAUGGGGAUUUUCUUAAAAUAUUUUGAUCAGUGGCUGCUUAACUGGUUUAACUCUGCGUACAAAGACUAGUUUUAUCCGAACAAUUCAAUAGUAAUUCACUCUAACAACCACUCAUCAGUGAAUGUACAAUACUAAUUAGCGGGUGUCGCCUUAAUUUGAUGAAGAAAUGUGUCUGCAUAAACAUCAUGGUGAGAGCUAUCUAUAUUAAAAUGUUUACAAUAUUAAAAAAAAAUUUCGUUAAAAAGCGAAAAACCUGUAAUAAAAUUGUCCUUUACAUCCAGUCAAAGCUUUGAUAUUAAUGAAACGUUUAUAAGCAUAUGUGGAUUGUAUUUAAAUAUAACUUAUUAUAAAUCUAGCCUAUAAAUAUAUUGUUGAUGUCUAACCUUAUUUAACGCGUUGACUACUGAAAUAAAAAUGUCACAAAACUGAAGUAAUUUAUUUAACCAAAUAAUAACUAAAUAAUCAAUAUUUGUCGUAAUAGCUACACCAAUCAAGUUUUAUAUAUUGCCAAAUAAUAGUGCAGGUCGCAUAUAAGUCAUACAGUAGUCAGCGUGUUAAGUAUAUGUGUAUACAUCAACCUUUUCAUGCAUUGAAGUAAAUAAAAAUAGCAAUAUAUAUGUA